AUGAGUGGAAGAUUUGUCAGAGCUUCUAAAUUCAGACAUGUCUACGGACAACAAUUCAAGAAGGAAUUGUGCUAUGAGAACUUGAGGCCGACAUUAAGUGCCUUUGAUUCGAACCUCUUGAAAUGCAACGGUAAAUAUAUUGCUUUGAACGCUAGUGGUAUUGGAUCCGUUAUCGUGAUUCCAGUAACUGAGACGGGUAAGGCACCGGAGCAGGUUCCUAUGUUUAGAGGCCACACAGGCGGCAGCGUGUUAGACACGGAUUUUGAUCCAUUUGAUGACCAGCGGUUUGUUUCGUGUGGUGAAGAUGGAAAAAUUAUGAUUUGGGACAUACCCCAGGAUUACACCUUCAUUCAUAAUGAUCCAAAGAAAAUUCAAGACGUUAAGCCGGUGGGUGAGUUGGUGGGCCACACCAGGAAGGUGGGUCACGUGGUUUUCAGCCCUGUUGCGAAGGAUAUUUUAGCAUCUUCGUCUUUCGACUACUCUGUCAAAAUAUGGAAUGUUGCUACGAAGAAAUGUGUCAUGACGCUUCAGCACAAGGAUCUUAUCACAUCGUUCUGCUUCAACUACAAUGGCACUAAGAUCGCAUCUGCAUCGAGGGACAAGCAUAUCAGAGUUUGGGAUGUGAGGUCAGGAAAGCUUCUUUGCGAAGGAAAAGGACACCCUGGUGCAAAAGCUUCAAGGAUUGUUUGGCUGGGAAAAUCAGACACCCUUUUCACCACAGGCUUUGACAGGUACUCUGAAAGACAGCUUGCUUUAUGGAAUGCCAACGAUCUAUCUAGCGGUCCAAUUGGUGGAUUCUAUCCUCUUGACUCCUCUUCUGGUGUUCUUGUUCCAUACUUCGAUCUUGCAACCAGCUUGGUUUUUGUUGCGGGAAAAGGUGACGGAAAUAUUAGAUACUACGAGGUUGCGGACGGAAAGCUCUAUGAUAUUUCUGAGUUUCAGUCUAUAAAUGCCCAACGUGGAAUUGCAUUUGCACCUAAACGGUCGGUUAAUGUGAAGGAGAACGAGAUUCUUCGUGCUUACAAGCUCUUGAACGACAACUCAGUCGAGCCUGUUUCGUUUAUCGUUCCAAGAAGAUCGGAAAUGUUCCAGGAAGACAUUUAUCCAGAUGCUCCUGCAGGUAUUCCAGCUCUUACUGCUGAGGAAUUUCUAUCUGGCAAGACGGUUGAUGGUCCUACUUUGGUUUCGAUGAGAGAUAUAUACGAUGGUGCUGAGAAACCAAGUACAAAGACUGCAGAAGAGGAGGAGAAGGAGCAGAAAGCAAACGAGGUGGUGCCUGCAAGUGUCGAAAAACCAAAGGAAGCAAGUACCAAGAAAGUGGAGGCUGCAAAAACAAAGAUUUCUGCACCACCUGAGAAGACAGAGCCUGCCAAAAAAGUGGAAGCUGUUCGUCCAGUCUUUACAAAAUCGCAGGAACAAGGCGUUGAUGCUAUGCUCAAUGGAAAGACCGUGAACAAACUCUUGGAGAAGGUUGAAAAUGCUUCGGAUGACGAUACUCAGGAUGUUGAUGCAGACAAUGAGGAAUGGGAAUCGGUCGAAGUGAAUGAGUCAGAAAAGAAGAGGGAGGAAAAGAAGAAGGAAGAGGAAAGGAAAGAUAAGGAAAGGAAAAAAGAGGAAGAAAGGAAGAUGGAAGAGAAAAAGGAAGAGGAAAAGAAAGUGAAAGCGAAAGAGGAAAAGAAAAAGACUGAAGACCAAAGACAAACUGAACCACCAAAAUUGACGAAAGAAACAAAAGUGGGAGCUAAGGAUGAUGCAACUGUCGCUAAGAGCUCGAAAAAGGCAGUUGGCUUGAAAGCUAAUGUUGAAAAACUACAGACACUUGUUGAAAAGUUGGAAGGCACUGUCAGCACGUUAAUUGAAGCAAAUAUUGCGAAGGACGAGCACUUAAGACAGAUCGAGUCUAAAUUGGACCAACUACUAAACCAUAGUGCUUAA